UUAUUGGUUGACGACAUCGCGGUGAGUACUCCGUUAUCUCGCGCACUCUGUCGUGUAUGCUCUCGUCCGAGGCGACGUUCUCUCGUUUCUCAAAGUGCUCUUCAUCCAAAACCGAACCCGUCGGAAAACACCGCCCCAAGACGUGUUCCACAAUUCCGUCGGGUGUCACAAAUGUACGUGCAACUUCCUAAUGGUAAUCCGUCGAACUGUUUAUGGAGUCGUUGGAUUUACUGAACCUGCGAGCGGGUGAAUGCUCGUUUUUAGAAAUAGCCUUGGCCGAUGUCAGACAUUACACCAGAACAUUCCUUUCGGACGAUAACAAACAAGUCGUUCUGGUAUAUCCGCCGUUUAACGCACGCAAUCGCUUCCUGAUACACACCUUGGUACAAAAUUAUUUUAACGAAUUGAACACCAUUUCCAUUGGUAAUAGCUACGGAAGACGUACUGUUGUUUAUCACUCAUCACUAAAACCAAUGCUUUGUGAAACAUUAGAAGAAUCUAAUGAAAUACUUGACGAAAAUGACACGAAUAUCAAUCGGCCAUACAGAACACCUAACGAAAGAAAAGCUCAAGAAAAAUUAUUGCAGUCACUCUUGCCUAAGAAAAAAUUAGAUACAAGUUCAAAAUUAACUCGGCGUAAACAAUGUAAAAGACCAGAUAUUCCUAUUUAUAUACCUAAAGCACUUAGAGGUUUAGCUAGUAAUACUGCCCUUAAUACUAAUAGCUCAAGUAAUAAUUCAAAUUUAAGUAGUCCCAAUCAAUUAGAUGCCAACUCUGGAAUACAACAUAGUUCUGAUAAGAUUUUAUCUUCAAAAAAUAUAAAAAGUUCAUCACCAAAGUUAAACCUUAACAAUUAUAAUGUACUCGAGUCACUUAAUUCUUUUAACUUUGUAGACUUAACAAAUAAUAUGGUUUUUGAUGGCAUAAAUAAAGAACUUUCAUUAAAUGAUGUAUCAUAUCAGACCUCAGACCCGUCUUCUAGUAAUUUGUCUGAUUUUGUAAAUAUUAAUGAAUAUAAUUCUAAUGAAUCUGUAUCUAAUGCAUGUAAUUCUAAUGAAUUGAAAAUGAAUGAAAUAGUUAAAAAAGAAAUUCCUACCUUGAAAAAAGAUGAAUUACAAUUCCAUGAUAUGGAAACUAAAUUUAACAGUUGUAAUAAUAUUUCAACGACCUCAAGUCUUCCACAAAAUGUAUCUGAAAUUGUUGGUAGUUCUCAAACUUGUACUGAAAAUGCUGCUUUAGUUAACGUACCUGAUUUUCAAAUAUCAGAUGUUAACUGCACAAUUGUACCAAAUGAAAAAAGAGAACCUCAAAUAAAUAAUAUAACGAUGGAUUCAAAAGUUGAUAAUAUUAAAAUAAAUCAUGAUAUUAAUCUAGAAAAUGUAGUUGUUGAUUCUAAUAGUUCUAUAAUGGCAUUGGAAACUGAAUAUAAUUCAAAUUGUCUGCAUUAUUGUUUGGAUGACAGUUUUAUUAGUGGACCAUUGACAGAUUCAGAAGAAAAUAGUUCUAAAAACAUAGUUGGAGAAUUAAUUGUUCAACCAAGUUCAGUGGUUAUAGAGAAGUCUCCAAAAAUUGUUGAAAAUAAUGAACAAAUAGAUACAAAGAAAAAGAAAAAGAAAAAAAAAGUUAUAAAUGUAGAUGAAUGCAGUUGGGAAGAUUUGUAUGAUAAAGAAGAUGAUUAUAUACAUCCAUUACUCAUGAAAGAAUUAGUCUCGACAAUGGGUAAAGUACAAGUAAAAUGUGCUAAAGAAGAUUAUCGCAAUCAUCAAACAAUGGAAGAACGUUCGGGUGAUGGGGAGUGUGUCAUUGAGGUUUAUGGAUUUUCUUCUGAUCUGAAAACAGUUGAUUUAAUGAACCAAUUUGCAGCAUUCCGCAAAAAGCAUUUCGAAAUUAUUUGGGUUAAUGAUACUCAUGCAUUAGCAGUAUUUGAAAGUCCAUUUUUAGCUGAUCAAGCAUUAAAUACACCAUUUGCUCUUGUGAAAACGAGACCUCUUAAGAAUGCUAUCAAAGAAUCAAAACUUAAAGCUGAGACAGUUACACCACUUCCAGCAACUAGGCCUAAGACUUGUUCUGCAAUGGCUAGACGUCUAGUGAGUAGUGCUUUGGGUCUAAAGGUAAAUGUAUCAACAGAUCUUCUUAAUGCAGAACGUACAUUGUUGGCAAAUGCCAAAGAGAAAAAGAUUCGCGAUGCUCAACUUAAACAUGAUAUAUGGAAUGAUGAACCUUGAACACCAUCUUAAAUACCUAAUUUGUAAAAAUACAGUCAAUUAUAUUUAUUGAAGUUACCAAUUUCAUAAUUUAUACAAAAUUUGAGCAAUAUAUAUAUAUGAAUUUUAUUUUUAUUUUUACAAUAAAAUCAAUCUAAUUUUUGCUAAGGACAUUUUGUCAA